CGCAAGAGGUCUCGCGUCACCCCCGAGCAACUGGCGAAAUUAGAGGAGUUAUUCGCCAUGGACAACAGUCCGACGUCUGCAAGGCGAAAGGACAUCGCGCGACAGUUGGGAAUGGACGAAAGGCAGACUCAGAUCUGGUUUCAGAACAGGCGAGCAAAGGCGAAGCUGCAGCUAAAGCUGCAAGCCCGGGCCGUCGAGAAGCUCGAGCCGCCUCCCGAGAGUCCGCCAGAGCUUGCGAGUGGAUUCGAUGUCGACAUCCAUGGUCUUAUUCACGAAGACGCUGACGUGACUGUCUUCCCCUGCACGGACUUGACGAUCGGCACCUGGCGACGGAUGGCUUCGCCGCGACACGACCUGAUCGCGUACACGUGCGAUGCGAAGAGAUCGCUCACUUGGUUCAUCCGUUCCGCUGGUCGCAGUUUCAAGAUGGAGAUAUCGUAUGAGCACAUCGCGGAAGCCCGAUUCUCUAACGUGUCUCCCGGUGUAGGCUCAGCUACCUUCAUCCUCGACUGUCCGCCGACAUUCUACAUGGAAGCCCUCGCCGAUCCCGCGCUCGGCGAACAAUCACCGCGUAUCUGGCAAUGCAGCGGAGACUGGACAGAGGCCAUGCAAGGAACGACGCAUCUUCAGCACUGCUUGGUUGGACCCGCCUACCAGUUAUCCGCCUUGGUCAAUAGCAUUGUGCCCGCUGGC